AUGAUCCCAGGAGCCGUGCUGCUGCUGGGGACGGCUCAGACCAAGAACGGCUCUUCUCUCCCUCUCACCUUUCUGUUCCUCCUCUCCCGGACGUGUGGAUCUUCAGUUCCGCUGUGCGUAAAGGUGGAGAGAGGAAGAGGAGGAGGCCGCGUAAAGAGGGUGGUUGGAGGUGUGCCUGCCAGACCAUACCAGAUCCAGUGGCAGGUGGCGCUUGUGGACUCUGGGAAGAUUGACUGUGGAGGAGCGUACAUCGGAGGCUGCUGGGUCCUCACGGCCGCUCACUGUGUCAGGCCAAACCCCUCUGCGUUUAUGGUGAAGUUCUCUUUGUGGAAGAAGAACAGAGCUCAAAACACAACUGACAUCGUCCCAGUGCAAGACAUCCACAUCCACCCACUUUACAACGGUAAAACCUACGAGAACGACAUCGCUCUGGUGGAGUUGCAGAAGCUCCCGUUUAAAGAGAGGUGUUUCAGAGAGAACCCGGCGGUGCGCUCCGUGUGUGUGCCCUGGACCCCUCACCUGUUCCAGCCCAACCACACCUGCAGCAUCUCAGGCUGGGGCCGCACCGCAGAGGGUAAAGCGGCUAGGGUCCUGCUAUGGGCGAAUGUCUCCCUGAUUCCUAAUUGUGAGCAGCAUUAUAAAGAUCGCUUCAAAGCAGGAAUGAUGUGUGCAGGGGAUUUGAAUGGCUCUGUGGACUCGUGCCAGGGGGACAGUGGGGGGCCCCUGGUGUGUGAAGAUGAGCUGGGCGUGUCCUACCUGUGGGGCAUUGUGAGCUGGGGAGACAAGUGUGGCGAGCCGGGCUUCCCUGGAGUCUACACACUGGUGGCUCAUUUCUACGAGUGGAUCCGAAUUCACACUGGAUGGCCGCUUGUCACACAAUAUAAUUCUUAGUCCUCAUGUUUACAUUUUUCCAACAUUGUACGACACCAAAUAAAAUAGAACUGGUUAAAAAAAA